AGCAGCACUGGCAGUCUCUGCGAAAGGAUGUGGUAAAAGUCAGUCUGAGCUCCUGGGAAAAACAAAUCGCUUGAGCUAUUUAUUUAAAAUGUUCAAGUUUGAAAAUCGAUUGGUCCAGGUUCAACAUGCUUGUGGCCCCAUUGAAUUCCCUGAAAAUGAAGAAAAACUUUUUGAACUUCAAGCUUUUCAGAAAUUUAUUUUGAAUCUCAGAUUGCUAGGUGGAUUGGCAAAAGAAGCAAUUUUUUGUAAUCUGCGUAUUCCAGACCAGUUUGAGAAGUCGAAAGAGGAGAUCAGUGUUGUUGUUAUCACAGGUAAAGGAAUAUUCUGUUUAGAUUUGCGGAACUGGAAGGGCAGAUUAUCCCUCCAGGACAACUGUUGGCUGCUACAGAUACCGGAAAGUACAAAAUUGAUUAAGAAUACUGCAGUGAGACAAGUUGCUGAUCCUGUUCAGAGAAUUAAGACUAAAACACUGAAUUUGUGGAAUCACUUGAUGAAAAAUGGAGUGUGUCUUCGCCAGAGUGUCUUCUUCCCACGAGUAGUCUUUCUGAAUCCCACCUGUGAACUAGACCCAGAAAUAUUACAGAUAAAAGAGGUCAUAGCUCCAUACAGUGUUGAAUCCCUUAUUUGUUCUUUUAAAGAAGGGUUUACGUCGUGGAUCACCAAUGUCUUUACUCCACAUUGGCUAUCUGGUCACUUAUCAUUCCGCCACAUUACUGAUUUAACAAGAGCACUUGGUGAAAUCGGCACGUGGGAUAUUUUGGACCUACAUGGUGGGCAACGGUUGAUAGGUGACUACCAUGGUUGUUUACAUAUAGCAUUGAAUCGAGAAGAAGCAGAUGAACUUGAAUUUUCACAUCAUAGGAAUUUUACUGCUGGAUACCUCUGGGCUCUUUUGGGUUAUUCACCACAGGUGACUGUCAAGAUGUACAAGCGAGGAGGUCGUGGCUGGUUAUGGAGGCCUGUUUCUAGCACAGUGGUUAUUCCAUAUAACACCCACAUCGCGUUCAGAGUCUGUGGAGAGGAUGCAGAUGCAAAGAUCCCAGCCAACAAUAUCGACAGAAUCAUCCUGAGCAUAUGAAAUUGAUUUCACUUUUAAACAGGCUAUGGCAGCUGUGCCAUGUUAUUGCAAUAAUAUACAACAAUUUUUCAUUGAUCAGUUAAUUUGUGUUCUUCAAGUAAUCAAAACGCAAAUCUCAUUAGCCAUAGGUCAGUGGGCAUGGAAAAAAAAAUAGAAAAUUCACAUUGAUAGACUAGCUGGCUGAAAAAAUGCAAAACAUUUAGGUAUGGAAGGGUGUACUGUGUGUUCCAAUUCAAGAGUGUACAAACAUUCUGAUAAUAACUAGAGGACAAGUUUUCAUUGUUAGUACUAGGAAGGCCAGGCAAAAAAGAUGUAAGUUGAUGCUCUGAUUUAUAAAUAGAUCUGCAUGUCAGGUACUUAAAUUUAAAAAGCUUGAAUUAGCACUGAAGUUAGUCAUAGUGCCACAAGAAAUCAUUUCUGCUCUGUUUACUUGUUUCUGUUUACUCCGGAGGCAACAUACCAUUGAUUCUUAUUAAAUGUCAGAAGUGUACUAUGUGUUGAAUAUAAUGUGUUUUUUUAAGAGUAAAUGAAUCUUAACCUUUCAAAAUGUAAAAUGUAACCAUAAUUCUUUCUAUUAGUGCAUUUGAAAUCAAAUUGUUUCAUUUUGCUACUUUCAUUUUAGAACUGAAUAGGCCUGAUUUUAUUCAAUGUAAGACAAGUUCAAAUCUGAAGUGUAUGAAAGAGGAACAGGGAGGAUUUCCAUGGGUUUUGUAAAUGGAUGACAGGGACGUGGAUAAUCAACAGACUAUUGGUUUUGAAAUAUAGUAGGGAUGACAAAAUUGACCCUCCCAUGACACUUUUCUGUAAGUCUGGCUACGGACUUACUCCUCUUUAGGUCACCUAAGGAGUUAGCAAUGGGACUUAGGGCCUGUAGCCUAAGAAUAGUUGCAGUGUUAAGUGUAGAUCAGAUACAUCCUCACUUUGGUGAGACAAUUGUGUAAUAGCAGCCUCAUUGGACUAAUAAUCCAGAAGCAGAAUCUAGUGCUAUGGAGACAUGCUGUCAUGUUCUAUCAUACCAGCUGGUGAAAUUAAGUUAAUUUAAAUUAAUACAUCUGCAAUUGAACGCCAGUUUCAGAAUGAUGACCAUGAAACUAUCAUCAAUUAUCAUUGAAAAAAAUCUGUUUCAGUAAUGCCCUUUUGGGAAGGAUAUCUAUGUUGCUGACCUUGUUUGGCUUACACUUGUCUCCACUGCAUUACGGUUAUUCGUCUCGUCUAGCAAGUCAGUCUGUUCAACAGCAAUUAUGGCUUGGUAACAAAGGAAAGCCUUGCCUUUGACACCAGCAUCGCAUAAAAGGACAAAGAAAGUGAAAGAAGAAAUUAGCAGCAAAUAAGAUUAUCUUGUGCUUGUGGAAAAUUUUGGUGGCCUCAGGAUAUUCUGAUUGCUGCUUGAGAACAGCAGCCCAGAAGAAUCAUUAAUUAAACAGCUGUUUUGUUGGAGGAGAGUUGGCCAAACAGCAUUAACACUUGUGUGUUGGAUACAUGUCUGUGUCCCAGAGGAGACAAGGUUGUGGUGGGCAAAAAAGAUCUCUAUCCUUAGUAACUAGUCACUACUCCAUUGACCAUAAACUUCUUGUUGCCUUUGAAAGCUGCAUCUGUACACCACCACAGCUCAAAACUGUCUGCAACUCAAACUUCAUUUACUGCUCGUUCAAAUAGUUGUUUACAACACUUGCCAAGGGAGUCAGGUAAGCUGAUUUUCAAAAGUUGGCCACUCUUUCAAAACAGAUGUUUCUCAUUUCAGUCCACAGUUUUUUAAUACACUAAAUCAGUCUAGUGACCACAAGCAUUGCCCCUCACUGCAGGUCUCCCAGCCCUAAUGCUGCACUGCUGGCUGCUGCAUGAUUACAAGCACAAACCUCUUCCAAAGGUCCAGACUGCACUAGGAUAUGAAACCCAAGCAUCAGUGACCUUACUAGGUGGUGAGUAUCUGGGAUAUAGUGCAGGUGAAACUAGAGAGAAAAAAAAAAUUAAUAAUGUUUUGCAUGUAUUUGGAAAUGCAUGUGUUUUGUACAGGAUGAAAGAUAAAAGAUUUAGAGGCUACUCCAGCCGAUAAACUUAAAAAUAAAGGGCUUUGAUAUUGGUGGCAUUUGUAAGUUUUCUACCUUGAGCAAGGCUUAUGCGUAUUGGUGAAUAUUAUCUUCAGAUUUCAGCAGCAACAUGCUUGUGACAAUCCUAUUGAGGCAUUAAGUUCAUAUGUUAAAACAUUGGUAUCCAAAAUACCAUUUAAUUUAAGAUAAUUGCUUCCGUGCAGAGUUUGAGUUCAAUCUUUCCAUUUUGGGGGAUAUUUGACCCUUUAAUUAAUGCAUUUAUUGCCAUUGUAAUCAAUGCAUCCCUUACUCUCUGCUAUCCUUGUUAAUUUCUCAGCCACAGCACUAUGUCCUAUGGGACACAGACAUGUAUCUGGUACACAAAUGGUAGUGCUAUUUAGCCUACUCUCCUCCAACAAAACAGAUGUUUUAUUUAGGACUCUCUUGGAGAGCAGGAAUAAGUUUGUUUUUUCUUUGUUACCAACUAGCUACUAGCUCUGGUUAUCAUGGUGUAAUGGUGAGCAUGCUGGUUUCUGAAUGCUGUGAUCCAAGUCCAAAUCUGGAUGCAGCCUAUUUCCUGGUCAGGUGAGUGCUGAGCCUCGGAAAGUUUCAUUUUGGGGCAGCGUGGGGGCUCAAUGAUUAGCACUGCAGCCUCACAGCACCAGGGACCCAGGUUCGAUUCCAGCCUCGUGCGACUGUCUGUGCAGAGUUUGCACAUUCUCCCUGUGACUGCAUGGAUUUCCUCUGGGUGCUCCGGUUUCCUCCCACAGCCGAAAGAUGUGCUGGCUAGGUGGAUUGGCCAUGCUAAAUUGCUUGUAGUGAUCGGGGGGAUGAGUCUGGGUGGGAUGCUGCAAGGGGCAAUGUGGACUUGUUAGGCCGAAAGGCCUGUUUCCACACUGUAGGGAAAGUAAUCUAAGCUGAGCUCCUGACUAUGUACCAGUUCCAUCACAAUGAUUACAUCCAUUACAUAACUUAUCCCUAUUUCUGUAAUCCACACCAGCUUAUUAAACACCCAUCCUGAACUGUCCAUUCCUGUAUCUCUGGCCUUUUGUGCAAGCUUCUUCUCUAUACUCCAAUAAAGUCAGCCUUCCAUUCAUUCAAUCUGGCCCACAGUUUAAUAUUCUUUAUUAAAUUUCUCUAUCUCCUUCUCCUUUAACACACUCCUUAAAACAGAUUUCUUAGCCAAACAUUUAGUAAUCUUUCCAAAUAUCUUAGUUGGAUCCAUUAUUGUCUUAUGUCUCCAUGAAGGAUUCGAUAAUGUUUUGAAACAUUAUAUAAAAGUAAAUGAUCAUAGCUGUUUCCUACAGAUAACAUGGUUAUAUCUCAAAGAAAAGAUGACUUUAGGCACCAAACAGGGGUAGAACUAAACACAUCCCUCUCUCUGUAACCUGUUUCCAGUUCCAAGCUGUUCAGUUACCUGACCUCUAAUCACACUGUUGCUGGCAGGCAAAAAAGCUCUCUUUUGUUGGCAACUUGUCACUAAUUCUUAGACCAUCAACUUCUUGUCACCAGCGAAAGCUGCAUCUGUACACCUCCCACCCCCCCCAUCAGUUCCAAAUCGACUGCAACUCAAACUUUAUUUACUACUUGUACAACCAGUUGUUUACAACACUUGCCGUGGGAGUCAGUUAACCUGAUUUUCAAAAAUUGGCCACUCUUUCAAACACAAAUUUUUAAAACAACUCUUUCUCAUUUCAGUCCACAGUUUUUAAAAACACUAAAUGAAGAAACACGGACCUUAUAAAGUCAUAGAGAUAUAUGACAUAGAAACAGACCCUUCAGUCCAACUUGUUAAUGCCAACCAGAUAUCCUAAACAAAUCUAGUCCCAUUUGCCAGUAUUUGGGCCACAUCCUUCUAAACCUUUCCUAUUCAUAUACCCAUGCAGAUGCCUUUUAAAAGUUUUGAUUGUACCAGCCUCUACCACUUCAUCCGGCAGCUUGAUCCAUACACGUACCACCCACUGUGUGUAAAAGUUGCCCCUUAGAUCCCUUUUAAAUCUUUCCAGUCUCACCAUAAACCCUGUGCCCUCUAGUCUUGGACUCCCCCACUCCAGGGAAAAGACCUUGACCCUGUUCAUGCCCCUCAUGAUUUAAUUACCCUUUUAAGGUAACCUCUCAGCCUCCGAUGCUCUAGGGAAAAUAACUCCAGCCGAUUCAGCGUCCACCUAUACCUCAAAACCACCAUCCCUAGCAACAUCUUUGUACGUUAUGAACCCUUUCAAGUUUCACAACACCCUUCCUAUAGCAGGGGGAUCAGAGUUACGCGCCGUAUUCCAAAAGUGGCCUAAGCAAUGUCCUGUGCAUUUGCAACAUGACCUCCCAAAACCUAUGCUCAAUGCACUGACCAAUAAAUGCAAGCGUACCAAAUGCCUUCUUCACUAUCCUACCUAUCUGCAUUUUCAAGAAACUAUGAACCUAUAUUCCAAGGUCGCUUUGUUGAGCAACACUUCCCAGAACCUUACCAUUAAGUAUAUAAACCCUGCCCCAAUUUGGCUUCCCAAAAUGCAGUGCCUCAUAUUUAUCUAAGUUAAAAACAUGUGUCACUCUUUGGCCCAUGUGCCCAUCUGAUCAAUGUCACAUUGUACUCUGAGGUAACUGUCUUCGCUAUCCACUACACCUCCAAUUGUGGUGUUAUCUGCAAACUCACAACCAUACUUCCAAUGUUCUUAUCCAAAUCAUUUAUAUAAAUGACAAAAAGCAGUGGACCCAUCACCAAUCCUUGUGGCACACCACUGGACACAGGCCUCCAGUCUGAAAAGCAACCCUCCACCGCCACCUCUGUCUAUCUUCAAGACAAUCCUGUGUCCAAAUGGCGAGUUCUCCCUGUAUUCCAUGUGAUCUGCCAUGAGGAAACUUGUCAAACAACUUACUGAAGUUCAUAUUGAUCACGUCCAAUGCUCUGCCAUUAUCAAUCCUCUUCGUUAGUUCUUCAAAAAACUCAAGCAAGUUAGUGAGACACAAUUUUCCAUGCACAAAGCCAUGUUGACUAUGCUUGAUCAGUUCUGCCUUGCCAAACACAUGUAAGUCACAUCCCUCAGAAAUCCCUCUAACAACUUGCCCACCAACAAUAUCAGGCUCACCAUAUAUACCUCCAUCCUUAAGAAAAUGAAACCUCAUUUCAAAAGUCUACUACAAAAUCUGUACUACAUAAUAAAAUAAAGCUUGCACCCAUCCAUUCUUCCUCCACGUUCCCCUUAUACAACCUUCUUAAGCCUUUCAACGUAUUCCAACAUUUUACAUUUGGAACAAUGCUUCCACAAUUACAUUGCCCUUUCCAUUAAUUUCAUUUUUUUUUCAUGAAAUGGUUGGAACUGAAGGCUCCAUCUGAAUAGUCUUGCAUUCCAAUUAAACUUUUCAAUGAAGGCUAGAGAUUUAUGAUCAGUGUAAAUUAGUGAUUCAUUGUUUCUGUGUGAGAUAUAGACUUCAGCGUUGAAGAGCUAACAACAAUCCCAAAGUCACUUUGUCAUCUGGAACGUAAGCUUCAAUUGCUGCUUGUUCAAAUCAUUGUUUGCGAUACUUGCCAUGAGUGUCAGGAUGCCUGCUUUUCAAACUGUAGCCACUCUUUCAGACACUGGUUUUCAAAACAGCUCUUUCUCAUUUAGGUUCAUGGUUUUUAAAGCACAAAAUUAAUGACAUGGUCCUUAUAAUUGUUAAGCGGUUGUUUUUUUCUCCAAUUAUUUUGCAUGGCUCAGGAAUGUUAUAUAAUGGCUUUUGAACUCUGGAGCAACCUUGCAAUGAUGUUGCGGUGUUGUCUCUUACAGGGCAUAAAUAACACCAUAUGGGCAAAGUUAUUAAAAUAAAAAUAGAAGCACAUGUAGAUAACAGUCUGUUAAUAAAGCAACAAUAAAUUGCAAACCUGGUACCUUUCAGAUCACCAUGUAUACUUGUUUACCGUGUUAACAUGAAAUAAAAAUAGUUCUACAUAAA